UCUCUAGUGCAUACUAUCUCAUCCAUAUUCUCUUAUAACUGGGCAGUAAAGAAGUAGCAUCCUGUUUCAGAGCAUUAUACUUAGAUGGCAAGAUAAAACGAUAAUAUUUUGUUCGCACUGGUGGGGUGCGUGUCGAGAUGUAAUUAGUGUAAAUAAUUAAAAAACCCGGAUAAAAUGACACAAACAUGGAAGCGCGUAAAGGAACAAUUAGGAGUAGCCAUCUACAAUUAUGCACAUUCAACUCCAAAGGCAAUACGCUUAACAGUUGGAGAGGUUGUACAAAUAACUGAAGAGUGCACAGAUUGGUACUAUGGCCGCAGCAAGUCCAGGGGUAUAUGUGGAAUCUUUCCAAAAUCCUAUAUAUAUAUCUUACCAAAAUCAACUAAUACAGAUAACUUAGUACAUGAAAUCACCAAUGUUUUAAGAGAAUGGGGACAUCAUUGGAAACAUUUAUAUAUAACACACUCCGAGCAUUUCAGGACAAUCCAGCAACAAAUUCUGAAUGUAAUAGGAUAUCGAAGCAAGAUUCUAAGUGGUACUCUGACAGUGGAUGAACUAAAAGACAUGAAAAGACUGGCAACAGCAAAAAUAGACACUGGAAAUCAAUUGUUGGGCUUGGACAUGGUUGUACGGGAUGACCAUGGAAAUGUUUUAAAUCCUGAAGAAACAAGCACCAUCCAAUUGUACUAUCAUCAUGAAACUGCUGCAGAAAGAAUAAGGAAAGCAUCUAAUGACACCAAGAAGAAGCCUCAUAAGCCACAAGUACCUGUAUAUUCACAUAUCUUUUUCGUCAGUGUGAGAAAUUUUGUGUGUAAGAUGGCAGAGGAUGUGGAGCUGCUGUUGACAUUAUAUGAUGGUCGCGAGAUGAAAGCCAUUACAGAGAAUUAUGUUGUAUCAUGGAGCAAGGAAGGACUUGCGAGAGACAUUGAUCAGUUGCACAAUCUUAGAGUAUUAUUCACAGAUCUUGGUUCCAGAGAUUUGACCAGGGAUAAAGUUUAUUUAGCCUGUUAUGUAAUUAGAGUAGGUGGUAUGGAAGCCAAAGAAAUAGAUCAUCGUCGCUCAAGCGUUGCGCACAUUAAUCAAAGAUCCAAGAGUGCAGAGAACAUGAGGAGACCAUUUGGUGUAGCUGCAAUGGAUAUUACUCUGUUUAUUACUGGCAAACUCGAAGGAGAUGUCGAACAACACCAUUUUAUACCUUUUAUACAAUGUUGUGAGAAAGAUAGUCUUGAUGGUACCCUACGUAGAAUUCUCUCACAAAAAGAAACGAAUGUCCAAAAGAAUGUUAAUGGCAAUAUUGGAAAUGCCACAGGUGGUCAGGGAUUGUGGGCUAGCCUGAAGUUGUUAAGAGGUGAUCCAAAACAAGUACGUGAUGAAAAUCCACAUUUGGUACUCGGCAACGUUGCUAUUGCGCGUAAAAUGGGAUUCCCGGAAGUUAUUUUACCAGGGGAUGUGCGCAACGAUCUGUAUCUGACUUUAAUAAGUGGGGAAUUUAGCAAAGGUUCUAAAUCUACAGAUAAAAAUGUGGAAGUGACGGUUAAAGUAUGUAAUGAACAUGGAGUAGCAAUACCUGGAGUCAUAACAUUAGGUGGAGGUGCAUCCUCGAUUAACGAGUAUCGUAGUGUUAUUUAUUAUCACGAAGAUAAACCUAGAUGGUGUGAAACGUUUAAAAUUGCCAUACCCAUAGAGGAAUUUAAGCAAGCUCACUUAAAAUUUGUAUUCAAGCAUCGUAGUUCUAAUGAAGCAAAAGAUAAAUCAGAAAAACCGUUUGCUUUAAGUUAUGUUAGAUUAAUGCAACGCAAUGGAACAACUUUACAAGAUAUACAACAUGAAUUGUUGGUUUACAAAUUAGAUCAGAAGAAAUAUGAUGAGAGUGACAUAUCAUAUUUAAAACUGCCAUCGACACGUGGAGAAUUGGUUGAGUUAAACAUGGAAAAGAAGCCAAGUUUGGGAUCAUUAACGUUAAGCAGUAAAGAUAAUUUUUUGAUAGCAACCAAUGUUUGCUCAACUAAAUUAACGCAAAAUGUAGAUUUGUUAGGUUUACUUAAUUGGGCAUCACACAAUACUGAUUUGAAGGAGUCAUUAGCUGCUUUAAUGAAAGUGGAUGGAGAGGAAAUAGUAAAGUUUCUGCAGGACGUUUUGGACGCUUUAUUUAAUAUCUUAAUGAGUAAUUCAGAUAGUGAUGUGUACGACGAUAUGGUCUUUGAGUGCCUUUUAUAUAUUAUCGGCCUUGUAUCCGAUAGAAAGUAUCAGCACUUUCAACCAGUAUUAGAUUUAUAUAUUUCUGAAAGUUUCUCUGCAACUCUUGCAUAUAAAAAGUUAAUUGCGGUAUUGCGUAAACGUAUAGACAUCGUCAGCAAUAACGACGGGCAAGAACGUGAUUUACUGCUUAAGACAAUGAAGAGUCUACAAUAUUGUAUGAGAUUCAUUGUUGAAUCUCGGCUUUUAUAUACUGAAUUAAAUCAGGACGAAGAAGAAUUCUCACAAACAUUGACUGAAUUAUUACAAUCUAUCGUUAAUCUAAUGAGUUAUGAAACAGAUGGUACGCUGUUGGUUCAAGGAGCUUGUUUAAAAUAUUUACCGACAACAAUACCUCAUUUGUUAAGAGUUUAUAGUGGCAAGCAACUAAGCACAAUUUUGACAGAUUUACUAGUGACUUUACCAGCAGGCAGAUUAACCAAGCAAAAGAUGAUGACUGUAAAUGAUAUCGUUCACAGUCCACUUUUUUUGGAUGUGGAAUGUAGAAAUAUUCUAUUGCCGAGAAUUACCAUACUCGUAAGAGACUUACUGGAAGCUAAAGAAGAGGGGCUAUCAAGUACGCCUGGAAAGAGCGUGGCGAAGGUAGCCAGGUUGCUCGGCGAAAAUCGGCACCAGCUCAAGCAGCAUCGCGACUACUCCGGUAGAGAAGAGGUGGAAUUAUGCGUCAAGAUAUUAUCUGACAUCUUGGAAUUGACCUUCAGAAAAAACAUAGGUAGCACAAUUUUGGAUGUCAAGGAGAUAAUGUUAACAGCGUUACGUACUAUUAUACAGACUGUUAUAUCGAUUGACAGAGAAAAUCCCUUGGUAGGAAAUUUAGUCUCGGUUAUGCUGGCCAUAUUUAGACAAAUGACGCAACACCAUUAUGAAGUAUAUAUUAAUCAUUUUGGAACAAGAAUCGACUUACUAGAUUUUCUGAUGGAGAUAUUGUUGGUCUUCAAAGAUUUAGUUUCCAGAAGUGUAUUUCCAGGGGACUGGUGUGAAAUGAUUAUGCUCCAAAAUAGUGUUAUCUUGAAAUCCUUACGAUAUUUCUCGGGCACUAUUAGAGAUUAUUUUUUUACUGAGUUCGAACAGCAAGCCUGGUCAAAUUUCUUCCAUUGCGCUAUUGCAUUCCUAACUCAACCUGCCUUGCAAUUAGAAGUAUUCACACCAGCGAAACGAAACCGCAUUAUUGCACGUUAUAACGAUAUGCGCAGAGAAACUGCAUUCGAAAUCCGAUCAAUGUGGUUCAACUUAGGGCAACACAAAAUACUCUUUGUACCUGCUUUAGUUGGUGCAAUUCUCGAAAUGGCAUUAAUACCGGAAACUGAGUUAAGAAAAGCUACUAUUCCCAUCUUUUUCGACAUGAUGCAAUGCGAAUACUAUAGCUCACGCAUAGUGGAAGGAUAUGGGGAUACCAAACGUGAUCCAGCUCAUAUUAAAGCUAAUUUCAUGGAAUACGAAAACGAAAUGAUUGCAAAAUUAGAUAUCCUGGUAGAAGGAGGCAGAGGUGAUGAGCAAUUUCGCACACUUUGGUCUCAUGUCAUGGGUUCGUUGUGUGAAAAACAUUCCACAAUGCGAGAACAAGGUUUACGCUUUGUGGACACCAUUGCUAAACUCAUGGAACGCUUGUUGCAAUAUCGUGAUAUUAUUCACGCUGAAUCGCAAGAACAUCGUAUGCUUUGUACUGUGAAUUUGUUAGAAUUCUAUUCCGAGAUUAACAGAAAAGAGAUGUAUAUCAGAUAUGUAAACAAGCUGUGUGAACUACAUCUAGAAUGCGAUAAUUAUACAGAAGCAGCUUAUUCUUUGAAGCUUCACAGCCAAUUAUUAGAAUGGAGUGAUCAACCUUUGUCUCCUUUGUUAAUAUCGCAUAGAUAUCCAUUAUGCCAAACUCACCGUGAACUAAAAGAAGCAUUGUAUAAAAACAUCAUCGAAUAUUUUGAUAAAGGGAGAAUGUGGGAAUGUGCUCUUGCCGUUUGUAAGGAAUUAGUAUCACAAUAUGAGGAAGAAACAUUCGAUUACUUACAAUUGUCUAUACUAUUGACACGCAUGGCCAAAUUUUACGAUGCCAUAGUGAAACAGUUAAGACCUGAACCAGAAUAUUUCAGAGUUGCGUACUAUGGCAAAGGACACCCUGUGUUUCUUCAAAAUAAGGUAUUUGUUUAUCGGGGAAAGGAGUACGAACGGCUAAGCGAUUUUUGCUCAAGAACACUGAAUCAGUUACCUAAUGCAGAGCAAAUGAGCAAAUUGUCUCCGCCUACCACAGAAAUGUUGGAAUCUAAUCAUCAGUAUGUACAAAUCAACAAAGUAGAGCCAUUGAUGGAUGAAAAGAGACAUCGGCUUAGUGGCAAACCAGUUACUGCGGACGCUGUUUUAAGGUAUCAUCGUGUAAACGACGUACAGCGCUUCAGAUUUUCAAGACCCGCACCGAGGAAAGAGAUUCUUUCAACGUUGUCAGCUGGUAGCGACAAAGAAAAAGAAGCAAAUGUUGGCACUAGCAGUAGUAACGAGUUUGCUUCGUUAUGGUUAGAAAGGACAGUACUUGUAACAAGCUAUCCAUUGCCGGGAAUUCUUCGAUGGUUUCCUAUAACAUCUAGCGAGACAUACUUAGUCAGCCCCCUGAGAAAUGCAAUUGAAACUAUGGAAGCUACAAAUACUGCAUUGAGAGACCUCAUUAUUGCUCACAAAAGCGAUCCUAGUUUCCCACUAAACCCUCUGAGUAUGAAAUUAAAUGGCAUAUUGGAUCCUGCUGUUAUGGGUGGUAUCGAUAACUAUGAAAAAGCUUUCCUCAACUCGGAGUAUAAGAGUAACCAUCCAGAGGAGAGCUCUGAUCUUCUUAAGUUAGAAGGUCUCAUCGCGGAACAAAUUCCUCUACUCAGCGUAGGUCUUCAAUUGCAUAAAACGCGAGCACCUACUGAGUUGGCGCCAUUUCAUAAUCGUUUAGAACAGUGUUUCACAUCGAUGCGUACUCAUGUGGAAACUAAAUACGGAAAAAGAACGUGCGACUUGCAAAUCGAAAGCUUAACACAAACUGUAACCAUGCGAAGACCACCGACUUCAAGAGGAGAUAAUCAUUGUCUGUCCGAGUCAAAUAUGACUAACACAGACUAUCAAACUCACUCCAGGGUAUCCUCACUUACAAGAUCCCAAGUCGCAACGUUCAAGUCGCUUGCAUCGUUCAAUUUUAACAACAGCACACCCCCGAGUGGUGCUCAAAGCGUCAAUUUAUCAAGGAAUAACUCAGUGCGUUCGCAUAUCUUGUCUACGGCCUCUUUGCAAAAGGCCUUGGGAAGUCCAAGUCCAGGAACAUAUAAGAAGAAGGACACAAAGCGCAGAAGUUCACGAAAGAGUGAUUCCGUAACGGUAACGAAAACUGAUCAGCCGACCAGCCAGUGGUACACAACAACCGAUAUAUCUCACAGUUCAACGACGUCCAUCACAUCGUUACUAUCUAAUCUCCACACAGCACCUGUAUUCGAGCUUCGUCAAGAGCUCACACCGAAACGUCCUCUGAGAUCAGAAGUGGAGAAAGAACGAAGAGUAAGCAAUCGAUGGUCUGGACAAUCUCAGCAUUAUCUAAGGAACGUGAAUAAUGGACUGGACUCAAGCAGUUUGGGUCAGGGAAAUAGAGACAGCGUCGGUACUACUGACAGUACGGCGUCCGAGGAUGACCCGCCGCCGCCCUUACCGAUUAAAACACGCGAAGCUGAUUACGGUAACCUUUCGGAUGAGUUAUCCUCUCAUCAAAGCGCGGCCUUAAACAGUAAAAAAUCGUUGGGACAAUGGACGAAGAAUAAGCUGCCGACGCCCACUGAUGACCAAGACGGUCACUCGAAACCGCCGACGCCUCCUCCGAAACCGAAAAGACCGGCUUACAAUAUAAAUACGAUGAUCGUACUUUCUCCCAAUAAUGAUGAAAAUGUCGAGGAUUCGUCGACCGCGUAGACGCCUCAUUUGUCCAUCUUGCCAAGAGUUGUGAACAGAAUAAGCGUCCAUCCACGUUUGUAAACGCGUUAAUUUUUGUAUCGAUCUUUAGCGGAGUUACCAUUCUCUAGAGUUAGCAUUAUAAUAUUUCUUUGUGCCUUUCUUUCAGUUUAAGAUAAACGAAUAAGUAUAUAGGUUAACAUUAUUACGACACAAAAACCAAUGUGUGUACUCCGUAGACCAAAAGGUAUUAAUCUAUUUGUACUGAGCAAGCAGUGCUAUAUGAUAAAAAAAAAGAAAUCCAAAAAUUAGUCCGAAUUUAAAGGACAUGGCAUUCUAUGAUUUACAGUGCGCAUGUGACGAAAAAUAUGACGAGAAACGUAAUUUAUUAGUACAUAUCAGUAUAUUUAUUUGUAUUUUCCUGUAGCAGAGAGUCUUUUGUUGUUUUCUUGGUUAGGCAACAGUUUCCUGAAAAGUGGAGGGGAUAAUGUUACUAUCAAGAAAAAUCUCUACACGAUAUAAUUUAAAGAUUUGUUCUUUGUAACUGCACUGCUGAACUGGUGCAAUAAAUUGAAGUGAGACAAGUAUACGUUUUCUCACUCUAACCUUUUGCAUUAGUUCAGCAGUGUGCAGUUACAAAGAACAAAUCUUUAAAUUAUAUCGUGUAGAGAUUUUCCUUGGUACCAACAUUAUUCCCUCCAAUUUUGCGGGGAACUGUUGCCUAACCGUUUUCUUUAGGAAAUUUGAAAUCCCAUGACAUGGGCAAAUAGCCUGAAUAAAUAAUAGUAUUUAUGAAGAUAAUCUUGAAAAUUUGAAAAAACAUUCAGUUUAUAAUAAGUAUUCAGCGAAUGUUUCAAGAUUUGUUCCGUUGUAUUUGACACAUGCCUACUGCAUAUUAAUAACUAUAGUAUGCCCUAGUAAUGCGUCCAUUAGUUCUUUCGAUCAAAGAUUUUUUUCUUUUGGUAUGGCUUUGAAUAUAUAUAUACAUAUAUAUUCGUGAUAAAUGCAUAUUUUUAUAAAUUUUGAUAUGAAACACGUAUACAUAGCUUUAAUUGUAAUGAAAAAACUCUCUCUUUCGAAACUUUUUACACACUUUAUACUGGCCAUCUUUAAACGAAUUGCUAUCAAUAACAAUAAUAUAACAAUAUUAACGAUGAUGUGAAAGACAUACGUUAAAUAUAGUUGAAAUAGUUAGCUUUUUGCAUCUGUUUGUUACAAUAUUAUAAUUUAUUUCACGAAUUCGAUUUUUAUAAAAUAAUUACCAGUAGUUAUAUUUUUAUCGCGAUUUUAUUGAUAGUUACUGUCUAAAUAUUAUGAAGCCAUUGUGAUCUAGUGGUAAAAAAAAAUUAUAUGAGUUACUGUUUAUAACACUAGUUAACAACGAGACUAUAGUCUUAUAUGUUAACUUAUUUUAAAAAUUAUAUACAAUAUUGAUUGUUUACAAAUAUAUUAAAUGAAAAAGUGUGCAGCAUAUAUACUGCAUAUUCUUUA